AUGGUUAUUUCAAUCUUGUCUUUCAGGAAUUUAAAAUGUAACAAUAAAGAUGGUUGGUUCUUAUAUGGUUCGGAUUGGGGUUGCUGUGGAAACUAUGAUGGCUGCUGCACGUGGGCAUCGUCUGUCUGCUACUAUCAUGACGCAGUGUGUAAAUGUUGUGAUUACGGUUGGCUGAUUUGUGGCCCAGAUUGUAAAAAAGAUGCUGAAUGUUUUGAAAAUUAUGAAGAGGAAUCGAAUAACAUUUUCGACGAACACCAUGUACAGGAAAGUGAAAACAGCAAAGAUACUGUUAAAUCUAAUCAAAUUAAAAAACUUGAAAACAAACACAGUUUCCAUAGGAAAAUAACGUCCUCCAAAAAACAAAAGAAUGAAAUAAUCAGAACGGACGAUGUAGAGAAACCACAAACAUAUUUAGUAAAACAGACGACAAAAGGUGUCACUGCUAAAAAUCACAAAUUUGGUCAAUCAAAGUACAUCAAGCAUGGCAUAUUACAUUUUAAGCAGAAAAUCGGUAGACCUUUGUAUAGAAUGCGUAACGAAGAUUUUUUAAUGGCAGAUCAGCCCCUGAUAGAUCAUAACGACGAAGGCAGUGGGGACAUUGGAUAAUUUUCAGAACAAUUGUGAUCUAUGAAUUAUUUGGUUUUUUUUACAAUGUACAAUGUGUAUUUUGGGUUUUCAAUAUCUGUAUCUUAGUUUUAAAUGUAUUUAGUUUGUGUUAGAUAUAGGAAGAUGUGGUAUGAGUGCCAAUGAGACAACUCUCCAUCAAAAUAACAAUUUAAAAAAAAGUUAACCAUUAUAGGUCAAUGUACGGCCCUCAACACGGAUGCUACAUUUUACUCUGUUGUAA